AUCCGCUAGCCUUGAGUAAAGUCCAAUGGGGAUCGCACAGAGAACGACCAGACAGGACAUUCUGAGAGGGAGCUUUGCAGAAACUGGUCCUUGCACAUAAGACAAAGGAGCCCAGAUUGAAGCUAUCACCCGAGGUCUGAGUUGCGAUAUCAUGGAUAUCCUUCACAGCUGGGGGGUUGAGCUGACCAGUCAUCUACAGACCAGAUACAGCAGGUACGAGGGUCUGUUUAGCCUUGCCUCUGCCGUGGCCGAUCUGCACACCACGUUCUUCUGCCUGUUUCCUGUGUGGUUCUACAUGCGCAAGGACACAGGGGUCAGGCUAAUCUGGGUGGCUGUCAUUGGAGACUGGCUCAAUUUAGUGCUGAAAUGGGUUCUUUCCGGAGAGAGGCCGUACUGGUGGGUUCAUGAAACCCAGUUUUACGGAGCAGGAAAGGCCCCAUCGUUGCAGCAGUUUCCUAUCACAUGUGAAACUGGACCAGGAAGCCCUUCGGGUCAUGCUAUGGGUGUAGCUGGUGUCUGGUAUGUGAUGGUCACCGCUCUGCUUUCAAUUGCAAAAGAAAAACAAUGCCCCUCUUUAUUAUACAGCUUGCUGCAGAUCGGCUUGUGGACCUUAAUGGUUGUGGUGGUGCUGAUCGUCUGCAUGUCCAGGGUUUUCAUGGCGGCUCACUUCCCACAUCAAGUUGUUGAGGGAGUCAUCACAGGCAUAGUGGUUGCUGGUAUGGUUUCCAAGAAGAAGUGGAUUUACAGUGCCAGCAUGAGCAAAUACCUCUUCAUCACCCUUUUCUUGACUUUCUUCGCUAUUGGCUUCUACCUGCUGCUUAAAAUUGUAGGAGUGGACCUGCUUUGGACCCUAGACAAAGCCCAGAAAUGGUGCAUCAAGCCAGAGUGGAUCCACCUGGACACCACACCCUUUGCCAGCCUCCUACGCAACAUGGGUAGUCUGUUUGGUCUUGGACUGGGACUGCACUCUCCCUUCUACCAUGGGGUCAAGAAGAACGUAAAUGCUGGUUUCAAGAUGGGGUGCAUUAUGACCUCCUUGUUCUUGCUUCAUCUCCUGGAUGGGUGGACCUUUUCCUCGGACAACCACAUGACUUUCUAUAUCCUAUCUUUUGGUAAGAGUGCUUUUGCACUUUUAAUCCCAACUACCUUAAUUCCUUGGGCUCUUUGUAGGAUUUGCAAAGGAUUGGAGUUGGAUAAGAACUUGUGAAUAAGGAACUAACUGUUCCUUAUUUGAAAGAAAACUGGGGAAACUAGCACUAAUCAUUAAUCGGUGAGUUGCUUAAACUGUGCUGGAGAAAAGAAAUAGGAACCAGCUUGUUUUAUUAAAAAAUAAAAGCAAUCCAAACUUUCAUAAACAAGCAUACCUUUUGAUAAUCAGAAGUCAAUACUUUACUUGCAAAACAAAGUAGCAGUAUCAUUUCUAGUUGAAAAGAUGCCCUUAGGGGCAUGAGCCUAAUUAUCUUUGAAAUACUUUCCUUGGACCUUAAAUGACAAAACAAGAAUAGCACUUGAGGUAUACAUGCUAUACCUCAAGUGUAGAUAUAGCACUUGAGUUAUAGCAAUCUAUGCUAUCUACAGUAUGUGAUAGCAUAGAUUAAAUGCUAUCACAUUUAAUCAAUAUGAUAACAUAUUGAUUAAAUGUCCCAACCAAAAUUUGAGCAUCUGUCCCACAUUUCUGUGCCUGUCUCCUCACUCUCUCCUCAUUAGGAGGAAUUUCACAAAUUACCCUCAUAAACUGAGCUAAAAGGCUAAAAUUGACACAGGCCUAGUUUGUGUCAAUUUGCUGUUGAGGUAAUAUCUUCAACAGUGUAUUUAGCAGUCCAAAAACAACCUCGAGAUUUGCUUUACAGAUUGUGAAGAUGUUUUAAAGAGUCUUUCAAUGAAAAAUUCACACGUUAACAUGACAAACAUAGCUAAUUAUUAGCAGAUGAUAAGCUUUUAUUGUAAUAUGUUAGAUAAAAAGUCAAUAGUCUUUUUUACAGUUGAUAUACACUUUUUUGUUAAUGUUUACCAAGGAAGAUGGUCUAAUUAUUUUGCUUAACAGAAUUAAGGGACACUAAUACUUUAUGAGUUAGCCUGUCAAUUUUACUUAGCUUCCGACGAUGGCUAGAAAAAGGGUUUUGUCAACUGAGGUCACGUCUUAAUAUGUCACUUAAAAAAGAGUCAGUGGUAGUUUAUUUGUUAUUUGUUUUCAUUUUCAUUCAAGUUUUUAUUUAAGGCGAUUUUACAAGUCGCCAGAAUUAGCAAAGC